AUGGAGAAAGGGAAGGGAAGAAAGGAGGAGAUUGUUACCAGGGAGUGCACCAUCAAUCUCCACAGACGCCUUCAUAGCUGCACGUCCAAGAAGAAGGCACCCAAUGCCAUCAAAGAGAUUAGGAAGUUUGCAUUGAAAACAAUGGGAACAAAGGAUGUUAGAGUGGAUGUUAAGCUCGACAAGCAGAUAUGGAGCAGAGGAAUCCAUGGUCCUCCUAGAAGAGUCAGAGUCCGAGUUGCUCGUAAGAAAAACGACGAUGAAGACGCCAAGGAAGAGUUCUCCUCUCGCAAAUGUAACCACAUCUCGCAACCUCUUCACUCCCGUCCACCAAACUUCUGA